CAACCCUGGUAUUUUGGGGAGAUGAGUCGGUUUGAGGCACAGAGCCACCUCACUGAUCCAAAGAACAGGAACGGUGCUUUCCUGAUCCGCAUGAGCCCGAAGGACGGCGUGGGAUACGUGCUCUGUGUGAGGCAGGGGAGCAAAGUGAAGCACUGUUUGAUCGGCCAGAGUGACGGGGGGUUCGCCCUCGAGACGGCCCAGUCGUUCAGCUCCCUCGCGGACCUCGUGCUCCACUACCAAACACACCAGAUCCUCACCCGCGAACCACUGGGACAGCCCUGCAAGAGGAGAGAGCCCCAUACUGCAGACCUCUCCAAGGCCACGGUGGAUGAGUGGGAGCUCCCCAAGGACGAGUUCACCCUGGAGGAGCAGCUUGGCAGCGGCUUCUUUGCCGAAGUGUACCGCGGCCGCUGGAAGAACCGCAUAAACGUGGCCAUUAAGAUCAUCAAGAGCGACUCUGAGCUGAACCAUAAGGAGUUCCAGAGGGAGGUGCAGAUUCUCAAAGCCCUGCGUCACCCUCACCUCAUCUCCCUGAUGGCCGUGUGCUCCGCCUCCCCUCCCUAUUACAUCAUCACCGAGCUCAUGCAGAAGGGCAACCUGCUCAGCUUCCUCCGAGGUAGAGAGGGGGGGGCACUGGAGGCGGAGCCUCUGAUUGACAUGGCUGCCCAGGUGGCUGAUGGGAUGGCAUAUCUGGAGGAGAAGAACAGCAUCCACAGAGAUCUGGCGGCUCGCAACGUCCUGGUGGGCGAAAACUACAUCUGUAAGGUGGCAGACUUUGGACUGGCUCGGAUCAUCAAGGAGCCCUUCUACAUCACACUGGACCGGAAGAUUCCGUACAAAUGGACCGCCCCGGAGGCCAUCAGCCACGGGAAGUUCUCCAACAAGUCCGACGUGUGGUCCUUCGGCGUGCUGCUGUAUGAGAUCAUGAGCCGCGGAGGCACUCCCUAUCCAGCCCUCAGCAAUCAGGAAGUGUAUCAGCAGGUUACCACCGGUUACCGUAUGCCAGCUCCUCCCAGCUGCCCUAAAGCCAUAUACAGCAUCAUGACGGAGUGCUGGCAGGCAGACCCACGCUCCAGGCCCGACUUCAAGGAGCUCUGCGUGCGGCUGGGCUGCGGCACUUAUUUAUUUGAGUGAGGCUCUGCCUGCAGUUCUUGUGUGCUGUCCCAAGGAACAGUCGAGACCUGAAUAGAAAACAUGGUUGCUGUUCAUCUGAAUGAUUAUCUUGGUUUCAUGAAUAAUAUAAAUUAAAAUGAAAUCAAUGCUUUAGGAUUGAUGAAGGGAAUGCAACAUGUACACGUUAUGUUUCAGCCUUUUCGAAGUUUGGCUGUGUAUGUGUAUAUUGUUCUUAGGUGGUAAAAAUGGCCACAUGAUAUCAUGAAUCAAAACGAGUUAUGCAACCUUAUUAGUGUACAUUAGUGUACAUACAGUGUAACAAAUUACUUUUGUUUAUUAAAUCUGUUUUUUAAAUAUGAUAUCCAUAAUGGGCAUCAAGGAAUUGUUCAUGUUAAACACCACAGAACAGCCACUCUCACUCCGUGAGGUAUUCAGUGUUGCUUCAAAAGCCAGACUCGUAUACAUGCAAGCUGCCUCAAGGGUUCCAUGAAGAGAAACCAUGCGUGGCCAGGAUCUUAUAUUCACACUUAGUCCUCUUGAGAACCUCUCGUUGAAUCUGAAGUUGCUGAAGAAAAAACUUUGCUGGAUAGGCCUUUGAUUGGGCUAGUGAAAUUAGCAGGCUAAAGUAAGGUUCUUGAUUUUGACAUAAAAGGAGAAUCGUAUUAUUUGUGUUACUCAACCUAUGGUACAUUAUGUAUUAGGCCUAUAUUCAAUGACAGGCCACACAAUGAAUGACCAUUUGUGAUUAUGAUAUGUUUUUUUAUUAAAAAUAAAUAUUUAUAUUUAAAAAAAUACUCGAAAUAUUGUAGCGCUAUAUUGAAUAGAUUUUAUGUUUUGCGUCCGUCAGUGAGAUGUCAUGUCUUCUGUAUGAACACAAGGGCGCAGCAGAGAGCACGUUCUCUAAUAAUUUGCAGCACUGCCGAUUAAGGCGCUGGCAUGCAACCUUGUUUAGUUUAGUUACACACCAAGUUCUUGGUAUACUUAUAAAUGUAUUAAAAAAUAUUGCCCAAGCAUACGUUUUAAGUAGGUGUGUAAGUAUAGGCUUACAUAAUAUUGAUAAUCACGAUACGUUAUAUUUAUAUAGCACUUUUUUAAAUACUCAAAGACAGAUAGACAACGAACAGGGUUGGAGA